GACUUCCUUUGCUGUGGGCCCUAGUUGUCCCGUCUUUUUUUCUUUUCGUAUUUUGACAUCCCCUUGGAAUCACUAUGUCGUUCUUGUUACGUCCUUCCUCAAGAGUAGUUAUCUCAAAUACAGCUCAAAUCAUUAAAAGACAAGCUCACAAAAAGGCUAAUAUUCAAGUCAAAUUGAACGAGUUUGUCGAUGGUCUCGGUAUCCAAGGAGAAAUUAUUGCUGUUAGACCUGGAUUGAUGCGUAACAUCUUGUAUCCUUCGGGUAAAGCUUCUUAUGUCGACAAGAAGCAAGCCAAUAAUUCAGAAAAUGGUAUUUUGGAAGCCACUAAGGAAGCUUCUUUGGAUGCUCAAAGAUUACAGGAACUCGCACAAGAGUCAGAGCAGAAAAAGAAGCAGUUGUUGGGCCAUUUAGAAGGCGUCCGAGAACUUUCAUUUAACAGAGCAGUCGUGCCGAACAGUGAUCACACCUUCGGAUCAGUCACGGCUGAUGAUUUGAUUAGCAAACUAAGGGAGGAAUACGGUUUGGAAGUCGACAAGUCAACCAUUGAGUUCAAGUCCGAAGGCGGUCGUAUUAAGUCUUUGGGAAAGCAUCAAAUUUCUGUCCAAAUUGGACAAGAAACUGCUGAAAUCAAUGUGAUUGUCAACCCAGCAGCUUAGUAGACUACAAAGCCAUAUUGUACAUACAAGAGCCACUUCUCAUUCACUUUUCUUGUUUCUCUCAUGUUUUAAACUACAAUAAAAAUGGAUAAAAUACAUAUACAGACA